GCUACCAGGGAAACUACUCCACUUCGUUAAAUUUUCUGCCGCCGUACGAUUUUGAACUUCCCUGAUUCCCUUCUACUUUCUGGGAUACUCUCUCUCCGAUUUCAUUGAAGGAUACACACACACUGGCACACACACACACACAUAUAUAUAUAUAGAGAGAGAGAGGAUUUGGAGAGAGAGAGAGAGAGAGAGAGAGAGAGAGAGAGAGAGAGAGAAUAUGGCAGUGGCGGCUUACGGUCAGCUCAAUGUGGAGGGGUUACCGUCAUGGGGGUCUCGAAGCGUAGACUGCUUCGAGAAAUUGGAACAAAUUGGUGAAGGAACCUAUGGUCAAGUGUACAUGGCUAGAGAAAUUACAACGGGGGAAAUUGUUGCUUUGAAAAAGAUACGCAUGGACAAUGAGAAAGAAGGGUUUCCUAUAACUGCCAUCAGGGAGAUUAAAAUCCUAAAAAAGCUGCAUCAUGAAAAUGUCAUUAAGCUAAAAGAGAUUGUGACCUCUCAAGGUCCUGAGGCGGAUGAGCAAGGAAAACAAGAUGGUAAUAAGUAUAAUAGCAACAUUUAUAUGGUUUUUGAGUACAUGGACCACGACUUGACUGGUCUUUCUGAUCGUCCUGGACUGAGAUUUACAAUCCCCCAGAUUAAGUGUUACAUGAAGCAACUAUUGACAGGGCUCCAUUACUGUCAUGUCAACCAAGUACUUCACCGGGACAUAAAAGGCUCUAAUCUUUUGAUAGACAAUGAGGGAACUCUCAAGCUUGCAGAUUUUGGGUUGGCACGGUCAUUUUCCAAUGACCACAAUGGAAAUCUUACAAAUCGUGUUAUUACUUUGUGGUAUAGACCUCCAGAGUUGCUGCUUGGAGCCACAAAGUAUGGCCCGGCUGUCGACAUGUGGUCAGUUGGCUGCAUCUUUGCAGAGCUUUUGCAUGGGAAACCUAUCUUACCUGGGAAAAAUGAGCCAGAGCAAUUGAACAAGAUAUUUGAACUUUGUGGAUCUCCUGAUGAGAUAAAUUGGCCUGGGGUUUCCAAGAUUCCGUGGUACAACAAGUUCAAGCCAACGAGGCAAAUGAAGAAGCGAGUGAGACAGGUUUUUCAACAUUUUGACCGCCAUGCUCUGGAUUUACUUGAGAAAAUGCUCUCUCUUGAUCCUUCUCAGAGAAUAUCUGCAAAGGAUGCCCUUGAUGCCGAAUACUUUUGGACUGACCCCUUACCAUGUGAUCCAAAAAGUUUGCCUAAAUAUGAGUCAUCUCACGAGUUCCAGACAAAGAAAAAAAGGCAACAGCAGCGCCAAAACGAAGAAAUGGCAAAGAGACAGAAAUUGCAGCAUCCACAGCAACACACUCGCCUCCCUCCCAUCCAACAAACUGGGCAAUCUCAUCCUCCACCGCAUUGGGCCGGGCCCACAAACAGUUACCCGCCUCCGGUAUCCAGUGGACCUACUCAUCACCAAUAUGGAAAGCCUCGCGGUCCUCCUGGUGGUGGGCCAAGUAGGUACCCUCCAAGUGGUAAUCCGAGUGGUGGGUACUAUCCCGAUCGUGGGAGUCAAGGUGGAGGUUACACCACAGGAUCAUACCCACCACAGGGGCGGGGACAGCCGUAUCCAGGAGGAGCUAGUGGUUAUGCAGCGGGCCCUCCUAACUACUCCCAAGGUGGCCAAUAUGGAGGCUCUGGAACCAGUAGAGGUCCUAACCCAAUAGGUGGUAAUCGGACUCAGCAGUACGGUUGGCCUCAAUAACUGUAAAUCAUAUGAAUGCAGGUUAGAAUACAUAGUGUCCGAAUAGGAAUGAUCCAAAACAGAGGAAGGACUGUCGGCCUUUGUUUCUAAUGCUACAAGGGUUUUUCGAAGCACAAGUGCUGGUUGAAUUUCGGUAACUCUCUGGACUAGACAUGUACAGAUAUUAUCAUAUUUUCCCGUAUUUGUUGGAGAAAUUGAGUUAGGAACAUAGGAGAGAGUUAGGGUUAAAGCUUUGUAGGUUGGAUUUCGAGGCCUGGUUCGCUAAUACAAAGUAACUCGGGUUAUUAUUUUCA